AUGCCGUCCGUGACCGAGACCAAUUACACGACGCCAAGCUUCGAGCAGCUACGUAAUGCGCUAUUGGAUCUAUCAGAGCCUACAGGUAAACGCACGCGUGCCAUCUUCUAUCUGCGCUCUCGUGGCAGCGUGAAGGACCUUCAGGUUUUGCUGACGGCGCUGCUAAAUCGCGAGGAUUCGGAGCUCAUGCGGCACGAGUUGGCCUACGUGAUUGGUCAGUUCCGGAUGGAGGAGGCUUGUGAGACGCUGCAACAGGUGCUAAUGGAUGAGUCAGAUGACGAUAUGGUCCGCCACGAGGCCGCUGAGGCUCUUGGUGCCAUCGGUGCGGCCCAGUCGCUACCGGUGCUUGAGAAGUUUAGUGCCGACCAAGCACCCGAAGUAUCGGAUACUUGCAAGUUGGCCGCUAGUUUGAUAAAAUAUAAGCUGGCCAAGGCCAAGGGCGAGAUCGUUGAGGAAGAGGUGGACCGCAAUCCGUACCUAUCAGAAGACCCUGCCCCUGCUGCAGAGAAGAACGUAGAAACCGCCGAGUUACGAAACAUUCUACUCGACCACGACGGAGAUAUGUUUGCAAAGUAUCGAGCCAUGUUCUCACUGCGAAACCGCAAUACGGACGAGGCGGCGCUGGCUCUUGCCGAGGCGUUCGCAGAUCCGAAUGAUCUGUUCAAGCACGAGAUCGCUUACGUCAUGGGCCAGAUGGAGAACCCCGUCCUCGUGCCAGCACUCAAGAAGGUGUUGUUGGACGAAACGCAGCACCGAAUGGUGCGUCACGAGGCCGCUGAGGCACUGGGAGCGAUUGGAACUACCGAGUGUGAGGACAUUCUUAGAAACCAUCUCAAGGACGAAGUCCCUGUGGUGCGGGAGAGUUGCGUCGUGGCGCUGGACAUUAUGGACUACUGGGCGCCUACCAAGUAA